AUGCCUCCGACGCCUAAUCAAGAGCAGCAGGUUGUCCUCGCGCAUUUCCGUGCGCACUUGGAGGAGCGCGACUUGAUACACGAUGGCGAUACCAUAGGCACUGACGAUUGGACGCUAACCCGGUUUCUGCACGCGCGUCAAUUCGAUGUCGAGGCAGCGGCCAAAAUGUGGGCCGACUGCCAGCAUUGGCGCAAGACGGUGUGCGGCGUGGGCAUUGACGAGCUAUACGAGCAGAUGAACCCCACGGAUUUCCCAGAACGGCGCGAAGUCUUCCAGUACUGGCCGAUGUGGUUUCACAAGACGGAUAAGGAAGGGCGUCCUCUUAGCAUACAACGGUAUGGCAAAGUAGAUAUACCGGCUCUAUACAACACCAUCACACCGGACCGCUUCUGGACAUACAUCUUGACGAGCGCAGAGCGCAUACCGCGGGAAGUUGUCCCAGUUGCCAGUAAGAGAGCGGGGAAGCAGGUGGACGGCAUCUUCUUAAUUAUCGACCUAAAGGGGUAUAGCCUGGGUCAGUUUUGGCAGAUGAAGGGGAUCGCUAGGGAUGCCUUCCAGGUCUCGCAGGACUACUAUCCCGAGAUGCCUGCAAAGUUCUUAAUAGUCAAUGCGCCUACGACGUUCACUAUGAUCUGGUCGGUGCUUAAGCGGUGGUUGGCACCGCAGACCCUGGAAAAGAUGGACGUGUGUGGGUCCGACUACAAGAAGGUGCUGCUCGAGCAUGUGAGCGAGGAGAAUCUCCCCGAAGACCUUGGCGGAACGUGUCAGUGCGAAGACUUCGGCGGAUGCAUCUGGUGGAAAGAGUAG